UAUCGGGUUAUUUCCCCCCGCGCGGUGUCUGUGUCCGGCGGUUAGUGAAGCUCUCCAAGUUUAACCCGCUUAACUUCCGGAUAGAACGAGCCAUUUCAGCGAAGCGCGCGGAGACAGGAAGCGGGAUGGUGCGGUUUAAACUGAGCAACAGUUUGAUUCAGAAACUAAAGAUAGAGAUAUUAAUUUAAGGCGGGGAAAUGAACGGAAAAUUAAAAAGAUAAAACCGGUUCUCUGAUUGUUUACAGCCUUUAUUGUUGUGGUGGACUAGGAACAGUCUUUAUGGUCAUCCAGUCCAAGACGAGAUGCAGUUUUAUUAGGUCCAGUCUGAUCUUCACCGAUAGAGUAAUGCCUGCAGUAAAACAAAACCCUCUCCCUGUUAAUAAAGUCCCGAUCACAUGUUGAGGUUUUCUGAUCUAGACUUGGUCUCAUGUCAUGUGGUCUAGUGGGUUUUUUUGCUUUCACAUAUCUGAAAUAGAAAUGUAGAAGAGUGAUAACUUUUCUAACUUCUCAUUCCUUUAUAUCCUGUUAAGAUGUAUUAAUAUUAUUAACACAAUUAUUAUUAUUACUGUCAAUGAACUGCUCCCUGCUUUAUGACUGUUUCUGUUUGACAUCACAGCUGAACGACGGGAAGAGAAACUGAAGAGGAGGCAUCAUGAGCUCCUCAGAGCAGAAACGGAGAGGCAAACAGAGACCCAGACCUCACAGCUGUCAGUUCUGUGACAAAGCCUUCACAUCAACACAACACCUGAAGGACCAUCAGAGUGUUCACACCGGAGACAAACCGCAUCACUGUGACCAGUGUGGAAAGGAUUUCACUCAGUUGAGCAGCUUAAGAACUCACCGCCGAAUCCACAGUGGAGAGAAACCGCACCAUUGUGACGAGUGCGGGAAAUCUUUCACGCAGUCGGGAACGUUAAAGCUCCAUCAGCGGCGACACGCCGGUGAGAAACCGUACAGCUGUGAAUACUGCGGAAAGAGCUUCACCGAUUCAUUCUCAUGCCAACAACACAAACACAUCCACAGCGGUGACAAAACUUUCCAGUGUCCGCUCUGCUCCAAAGUCUUCCUCACGCAAUCCAACCUGACGAGACACCGGCGUCUCCACACGGGAGAGAAGCUCUAUCCCUGCGAGCUGUGUGGGAGGAGCUUCAGCCAUUACUCCUCAUACACAGUCCACCAGCGGAUCCACACCGGAGAGAGACCGUACCGGUGUCGCUUCUGCGACAAAACCUUCACGUCGUCAACCAACCACUCCGAACACGAGCGCGUCCACACGGGAGAGAGACCGUACAGCUGCGACCGGUGCGGGAAGAGCUUCAGUCACAUAACGACGUGUCUGCUGCACAAACGGGUCCACACCGGAGACAAACCGUACCGCUGCGAACACUGCGGCAAAAGCUUCAUCACGUCCUCCAAUCUGUCAAGACACGUCCGGACUCACACCGGAGAGAAACCGUACUGGUGCGACCGGUGUAAGAAACACUUCACGUUCUCCAACCAGCUGAAGAGACACCGCUGCGUCUGAGCCGAGAUGGACGAAUAUGAGAAGCACAUUUAGUCUCGGUACAGUCGAAUGUACAGUCACAGUCUACUGCAGUGGUUCCCAACCUUUUCCAACUCAUGGUCCACUUGAAAAUCGGCUCACAUCCGACCCUGUAAUAAUACGGAGGCCAAAUAAUGUUUUCUCAGAACACUUUUUAUUAUAAUGAAAACAAUCAAACAUUCAGAACUGAACUGAAGCAGGUGAAGUAUAUAACAAGUAUACGAUCUGGUCCGGCCGGCGACAAUGUAAAAGCUCCUCUCAUCGUAUUAUCACAGUGAUAGGUCUUAAUAUGGGAAAUAAAAAACAAUGAAAGAAGAUUUUUUUACAUUUUUAACAGUUUACUUUUAUAUCAGGGACAAUCCUGUUUUACAGGUCCUCAAUUUCAUAAUAAUUUUGUAGGAUGAUUCAUGAUGAGACCUGUGUCAUUUGGUAUUUAAUAUUAAGGCUUAAUAAUCAAGUGAUAUUUCUUCAAGAACUAGAAUCACCCUCUCCAUUAAGGUUACAUCCCUGUUUAUCCAGUCACAUCAAAUACCAACCGCAAUUUCUGCAUGAAGUCACAUGACCUUUCACCACCAAAAUAUAAUCAGUUCAUCCUUGAGUCCUCGUGGAUGUUUGUGCCAAAUUUGAAGAAGUUCCCUCAAAGUGUGUCACUGGCAUGGAGGAAUAAAAUUGCGUGAUGUUUUCUGCUCCUGCACUUUGAGGUUUUUCUCUAUGAUUUAUGAAGCUAGAAAUAUUUUUUUGUCUUUAAGACGAUUCUCAUUUAAUUAUUAAGUGUAUAAAUGGUCAGAAAACAGUGAAAUAUCUCCACUAUAACUGUUUGUUAUGAUCAACCAACUGUCCAGAACCUAAAGAUGCUGCGUUUACUGUCACAUGCGACAAAGAAAAGUCCUGUGAAAAUCUUAUUUAUUAACUUUAUGAAUGUAUGUUUGUCUGUUUGAAGUCUCUUCAUGUGAAUGUGCAAAUGUGGAAAUGAAUUUGUUCAUUUACCUUUGACUUUUUGACAUAAUGAACCAAAACCCCAAUAAAUAAGCUUUAACUGAUAAUUAUCAGAAUCAUUUUCUGUCAUUCAACCAGUUGAUUAAUUGAUUGAUUGCUUCAGUAAAUGAAAUGAAAAGUUCAGUAAAAGAAAUGAUUAAUCAUGUUAAUGUAAAAAUAUUUGACAGAAUAAUUAAAAAUGAAGAUAAAAUGGA